CCUUUUGUUUUCCUUUUACAUUUUUAACCCAAUCUCAACAAGCGUAUUUCUUCGAUCUUCGUUCUCUUCAUCACCAAACACAAAAGAGAUCGAAUUAUCCCAAAACAAGAUCAAUAGAAUUACCCAAAAAAUGGGUAGAUUUUUUUUCCACGGGAGGAGGCUAAUGGCGAGGGGAUUCUCUUCGCUCAAUCUCAACCCUCUUCGUGUUUGCGUCGUCGGUAGCGGCCCCGCGGGAUUCUACACUGCCGAGAAGAUGUUGAAGGCGCAUGAAGGAGCAGAGGUUGAUAUUAUUGAUCGGUUGCCGACACCCUUCGGAUUGGUUCGUUCUGGGGUGGCGCCGGAUCAUCCGGAAACAAAGAAACUUGACAACAGAUUGUGGUGAACCAAUUUUCUCGUGUAGCAGCAAAUGCCCGGUGUUCAUUCUUUGGAAAUGUUUCACUUGGAACCAAUGUGACUUUGUCAGACCUUCGCCAGAUGUAUGAUGUGGUUGUGCUUGCUUAUGGUGCUGAAAGUGAUAGAUCUCUUGGUGUGCCUGGGGAAGAUUUGAGAGGCAUACAUUCAGCUAGGGAAUUUGUGUGGUGGUAUAAUGGGCACCCAGACUACUGUGAUAUGUCACCUGACUUGAAAAGCACAGAUACAGCUGUUGUUCUUGGACAGGGUAAUGUAGCUCUUGAUGUUGCCCGUAUUCUUUUGCGACCUACAUCUGAGUUGGAGACUACAGAUAUUGCUGAUCAUGCUCUAGCUUCUUUGCGGGAGAGCAAUAUAAGAAAGGUGUACUUGGUUGGGAGACGAGGCCCAGUACAGGCAGCUUGCACGGCAAAGGAGCUGCGUGAAAUUCUAGGCAUGCGAAAUUUGCGUGUUCACGUUCAGGAGGCCGACCUAGUUACAGCUCCAGUAGAUGAGGAAGAACUGAAGAAGAAUAGAAUCCAGAGAAGAGUUUAUGAGUUGUUCUCGAAAGCGGCCACCUCACCUCGAGAGCUUGAUGGUGUUGAUGACAGAGAUCUUCACUUCAUGUUCUUUAGGAAACCUGACAGAUUUUUUCCUUCUGAGCUUAGUUCAAGAGUUGGUGGUGUGCGGCUUGAGAAGACCUGUUUGAAAGAAAAUGGUGCUUCUGGGAAACAGGUAGCAGUGGGAACUGGUGAGUUUGAAGACAUCAAAUGUGGGUUGGUAUUGAAAAGCAUCGGUUACAAGUCAUUGCCAGUAGACGGGUUGCCUUUCGACGAGCGCAGAGGCGUAGUCCCUAAUGUGAAGGGCAAGGUGCUCAGCAGUGAUCAACCAGAGAAGGCAAUUGUGGAGCAAGGCUUGUAUGUUGCUGGUUGGUUGAAAAGAGGGCCAACUGGGAUCAUCGCUACAAACCUCUAUUGUGCUGAGGAAACUGUGGCGAGUAUUAUGGAGGAUGUGAAGAAUGGAUUAGUUAUUCCUAACUCGGGCUCGCCUAAGGCAGGUAGGGAAGGGCUCCUCCAAAGUCUACAAGAUAGGAACAUCCCAUUCGUGCAGUUGAAUGGCUGGGCCAGAAUAGAUUCCAAAGAAAGGAUGCUGGGUCAGUUUAAAAACAAGCCCAGAGAAAAAAUCACUACAUGGGAUGAGCUGCUGAGGGUUGCAACAAAUGGAUAAAAGGGAACGACGAUUAUUUCCAGUUGCGCUCCGAGCAUGAAGAGAGCAAUAAGAGCAAUCUACUGUUCAUUUCUGUAUUAGCUCGAAUCCGGUGAUUAUACAAAUAGUGGGAUGCUAUUUUGUAAGCAAAAAGAUUCAGCUACAUGGCCAUCAAAACUGAUCAGCACUUCCAAAUUUUGCUUGUUAGAUAUUUCCAUACAUAUUUCUAUCAGAUUAUUUGGUUGGAGGUGUUUUGCUUAUUCACCUGGGGUUUGUUUAAGAUUGUAGAACCAGCUUAAGAAGCUACUUUUGAAUAGUAGUUUAAUCUUUUUACCCCCUGUAUUUAUGAAUCUUAUAUCAUGUGAACCUUCUCGUAAAACAAAACAAAAGUAUGAGCAACAGUAUAGUAUUAAUUUA